UUCUCUUUUUCGCCAUUUAUCCACCACACAACCCUUCCAUCAUUUGCCCUGUCUACAUUCCUCCCUCCUAUCCCUGACUUCUACCUUUUUCUCUGUGUUUGUCCCAUCUUCUCAGUUGAAUUUAACAGCUCUGGACUGGACUCAGCUGAGUAAGAAGGAGUGUGUGAAGUACGGAGGCUCACUGCUGGGAAAAUCCUGCAAGUAUGUUCCAGAUCUUGCUCUCAUGUCCUUCAUUUUGUUCUUCGGGACCUACACUAUGACUGUCACUCUGAAGAAGUUCAAAUUCAGUCGCUACUUUCCCACAAAGCUAAGGAAGUUGAUUAGUGACUUCUCCAUCUUCAUGUCUAUCAUGACGUUUGUGGGGCUGGACAUGCUAAUAGGUUUACAAACACCCAAACUCAUUGUGCCUACAGAUUUCAAGCCUACACGUGCCGGCAGGGGUUGGUUUGUGAUGCCAUUCGGAAAGAAUCCGUGGUGGGUUUACGUGGCAAGCUCCGUCCCCGCGCUUCUUGUCACCAUCCUCAUCUUCAUGGAUCAGCAGAUCAGUGCAGUCAUCGUCAACCGCAAGGAAAAUAAGUUAAAGAAAGGUUGUGGGUAUCACCUGGAUCUAUUGUGGGUGGGCGUUCUGAUGGUAGCCUGCUCUUUUAUGGGCCUGCCGUGGUAUGUGGCAGCCACUGUCAUUUCCAUCGCUCACAUCGACUCACUGAAGAUGGAGAGUGAGUCUAGUGCUCCAGGGGAACAGCCGCAGUUUCUAGGUGUGAGAGAACAAAGACUGACAGGAAUCCUGGUCUUUGUACUGACAGGAGUGUCUAUCUUCUUGGCCCCCAUCCUGCAGGUGAGCUAA